AUGCCAUUGUGCCUCUUGUGUGAAAUGACUUUCAGUAAUGAUGCCAUGAAACCUGCAAAGAUGAAGGACCACCUUGAAAGAGUUCACUCUGAUAAGAAAAAGAAAGACCUUGACUAUUUCAAGACACUGAAAGAAAAAUUCAAAAGUCGUUCAAAUAUCAAGAAUUUUUUCAAAGCACCAGCCAGCGCUGAUACUGAAGGUUUGAAAGCCUCAUACAACAUCUCCCUCACGAUAGCAAAAGGAAAGACGCACACUAUCGGUGAGGAAAUCAUCAUCCCAGCCAAUAAGGAAGUUAUAGAAACUGUUAUGAAGAAAGACUCUCACACUGUUUUGAAAAUUUGCCAUUAA